GCGGCCCUCAGGUCAUCAUCGGCGUGUGACACGAAGCAAGCCGGUGUCUUCCCUCCAUCUUGUUUACACUGCAUCGCUUGCUGACAUCUUCACGUAAUCUCUACAACUCAACGAUUUGCAGGUAUUGCGCUAUUUACCGGCUGGCUCGACCUUGAUUAGUUUUUGUAAAAAUGGAAGUACGUGUUGAAGAUGGUUCAAUCAAUUCUGAAGCUGUGACUUCCCAAACUCAAUCAGAAAAUUUUGUUGACAAUGGAUGGGCUUCUUUUCCUGAGGUUGCCAAGAGGGAAGAAGUAAAAAGGAAACAAAAUCCUGAAGAUAGAGCCAACUUUCUCUCAAGGCUCACAUUUUGGUGGUUUAACUGGAUUAUAUCUACUGGUUACAAAAGACCACUCAAGGACAAGGAUUUAUGGGCCUUGCGGAGAGAAAAUCAAGCAACAUAUAUUGUCCCAAAACUGAAAAAGAAAUGGACAGAACAACAAAUGAAAUGCAGAAAAAUAAAUUCAGACAGAAGAAGUCAUAAAGAUGAAGAUGAAUACAAUGAAAGUGAUAGACUAUUGGAUGAUGACAGUGGCCCUGAUGAGGACGUCGAAAAUACCUCAACGAGAAAAGAGGAGAAAAAACCUUCUCUCAGAAAAACACUGGGAAGCCUGUUUGGGUUCAAGUUUGCUCUUGCUGUCUUUUGCAAGCUGUUGCACGAUUUGCUCAUUUUCAUCCAGCCUCAGCUUCUAAAAUUAUUAGUUGGCUAUACUGAAGACAAAGAUGAUAUGUUUGGUCCAUGGAAGGAGUGGAAGGGUUAUGCAUAUGCCGGGGCCAUGUUUGGAGUAGCUGCUAUUCAGUCAUUGGCACUUCACCAGUAUUUCCACAUUAUGCAACAGAUUGGCAUGAGAAUGCGCACAGGCAUCAUUGGUUUGGUUUAUGAAAAGGCUCUAGUAUUGAACAGCAAGGCUAAAGGGAAGACAACAGCAGGCGAGCUUGUGAACCUGAUGUCAGUGGAUGCACAGCGCCUGAUGGAGCUCACGACUUACAUAAACUCAUUGUGGUCGAGUCCACUUCAGAUCGCUGGUUCUCUAUACUUUCUCUAUAGUACUCUUGGACUCUCCAUUCUGGCUGGACUAGGAGUCAUGAUUCUAAUUAUUCCAUUAAAUAUGUUUUUUGGAAGUAGAAUGAGUACUCUUCAGGUAAAACAAAUGAGUGAGAAAGAUGAAAGGAUUAAACUGAUGAAUGAAAUUCUUAGCGGAAUAAAGGUCCUCAAGUUGUACGCUUGGGAGGAGUCCUUCAUGAAAGAGGUGGAAAUAAAACGUAAAAAAGAGCUAAAGUACUUGAGGAAUUCUGAUUUCUGGGCGGCAGGAUUUAUGUUUACGUUUGGCUGUGCACCGACAUUAGUGGCAGUCACCACAUUUGCGAUCUAUGUAAUUACUGGCAAUUUGCUAACAGCUAGUAAAGCUUUCGUUGCCUUGGCGCUUUUUAAUGUGAUGCGCUUCCCACUUGUCAUGCUUCCCGAUGUCAUCGUUUCCUGUGUUCAGGCAAGUGUAUCUCUGAAGAGGCUGCAAGAUUUUCUAAACCUAGAGGAACUGGACCUCAACAGUGUCCAAAGAACAACAUUGUCGUCCUCUGCCGUGUCUAUCGAGAAUGGUACAUUUACGUGGAGCAGCAGAAAUGCACCUGUGUUGAAAGAGGUGUCGUUGCAAAUUCCUAGUGGCUCACUUGUCGCCAUAGUCGGGCAGGUUGGAUGUGGAAAAUCUUCCUUACUUUCUGCCCUCCUUGGAGAUGCCGAGAAAGUGGAUGGAAAUGUCUCUGUGGAGGGAUCUGUGGCGUAUGUUGCUCAGCAGGCCUGGAUACAGAACGCAACUUUACGAGACAAUAUUCUGUUCUGCAAAGCCAUGGAUUCUGCACGCUACGAAAACGUGCUUGAUUCGUGUGCUUUGAGACCUGACCUGGAAAUUCUUCCCGCCGGUGACUCCACAGAAAUUGGAGAGCGAGGUAUUAAUCUUAGUGGUGGACAAAAACAACGUGUAAGCUUGGCUCGUGCUGUGUACUUCAAUGCUGAUAUCUACUUGUUGGACGAUCCGCUCAGUGCUGUGGACUCACAUGUUGGAAAACACAUAUUUGAGAACGUUGUAGGGCCACGAGGAAUGUUAAAAAAUAAGACUCGUUUGCUCGUGACUCAUGGAGUUCAUUUUCUUCCACAAAUGGAUCAAAUUAUCGUGCUCAAGGAUGGAAGAAUUACCGAGUGCGGUACUUACUCAGAGUUGAUGGCCAACUCAGGAGCCUUCGCGGAAUUCUUACAAACCUACUCAUCGGAAAACCACUCUUCAGUCAACUCAACAGAAAAUGAGGAACAGGGAUCUGUUGCGAAGGCUAGCUCCAAAGCAAGCAGUUCUGAUGUUAAGGAAGUUAGUCAGAAGGAUGAAAACGACGAUGAGGACGAACUGGGAAAAAUGAUUGAGGAGGAACGCUCAGAGACUGGAAGAGUCAAGUUCGCAGUAUUCUUCUCCUAUCUCAAGUCUGUGGGCUGUUGCGCUUCCUUCCUAACCAUAGUGUCCUUUCUCCUGAUGGAAGCGUGCACAGUAGGGACAGGAAUAUGGCUGGCGUACUGGAGCUCGGCAAAUGUCACUACAGACGAACAAAGAAACUUGUACUUGGGAAUUUACGGUGGCCUCGGUUUGGGUCAAGGAUUCUUCACUUUCCUUGUUUCUAUUUUUGUCACAGUUGGAGCUAUGAGAGCAUCUCGAAGGUUGCACCGCAACCUUCUAGUCAACGUCAUGCAUUCACCAAUGAGCUUCUUUGACACCACCCCACUGGGGAGAAUUGUCAACAGGUUCUCGAAAGAUUUGUACACUAUUGAUGAUACCAUACCGCGGUGUGUCACGGAUUUUAUGUGGUGUUCACUCGAAAUUAUUGGGAUGAUCGUAGCGAUUAGUUACGCCACUCCGCUGUUUUUAGCUACGUUGCCUGUUGUUGCAAUUUUUUAUUUUUAUAUACAGAGAGUUUAUGUAGCAACUUCGCGGCAGUUGAAGAGGAUCGAGUCCGUCAGUCGGUCACCAAUCUAUAGUCACUUCCUGGAAACAGUGAACGGCGCCAGCACCAUACGAGCAUAUUCUCAACAACGCCGUUUUAUCCUCGAUAAUUACUAUAGAACAGAUGAGAAUCAAGUGGCUUACUAUUCUACUGUAUCCUCAAACAGGUGGCUCGCAGUUCGUCUUGAAUUUCUCGGUAACUGCUUGAUAUUAUUCGCUGGGUUAUUUGCUGUCUUAAGCAGAGACAAAAUCAUGAGUGGAUUGGUGGGAAUGUCGUUAACAUAUUCGUUAGAGAUUACGGAAACUCUCAACUGGGCAGUGCGCAUGACGAGUGAACUAGAAACUCAACUUGUUUCCGUUGAAAGAGUGAAAGAAUAUUCAGAAACAGAUACAGAGGCUAGAUGGAUCAUCCCAGAAAAUCGACCGCCAGACGACUGGCCGUUUACUGGACGGAUUAUAAUGGAUCAAUUUGACUUGAAAUACAGAGAAGGAUUACCUCUUGUACUGAAACAGAUCAGCUGCGAUAUUAAACCAGGAGAAAAGAUAGGCAUUGUUGGCCGAACUGGAGCGGGAAAGUCGUCAUUGACAUUGGCUUUAUUCCGUAUUCUGGAGAGAGCUGGUGGAAAAAUAACCAUCGAUGGUGUUGACAUCGCUACCCUUGGGCUGCAGGAUUUACGCUCGCGGCUAACCAUCAUCCCACAGGAUCCAGUGCUGUUCUCUGGGAGCCUUCGACUUAACUUGGAUCCUUUCAACAAAUACACUGAUGACCAGCUAUGGCACGUGUUGGAAGUGAGUCACCUGAAGAACUUUGUCUCAGGGCUUAAUGAAGGACUUCAGUACACAAUUGCAGAGGGAGGAGAGAACUUGAGUGUUGGUCAACGUCAGUUGGUGUGCUUAGCGCGUGCGCUGCUGCGUAAAAGUAAGAUCUUGGUUCUGGACGAAGCCACGGCUGCGGUGGACUUAGAGACUGAUGAACUCAUUCAGCAAACGAUUCGGCGAGAGUUUGCUGACCGCACAGUAUUCACCAUAGCUCACAGGCUCAACACCAUUAUGGAUUAUGACAGGGUGUUGGUUCUCGAUAGCGGCUCCAUUGCUGAGUUUGAUUCCCCUUCAAACUUACUGAGUAGAAACGGACUUUUCGCGAAAUUGGUUCAAGAUGCCAGGCUUUCCUGAGGAUCUUGUGCAUGAGCAUUGGUUGUGUUUUCGAUUCCAGCCCAUUCCAACACGUGGUCCUUAAAAGAGACUCACGAGUACAUGUUGAACAUGAACACGCGAACAUUAAGUUCACUAGAUAUAUAACCAAGGAAAGCGUUUUUCACGAGAUAAUAUAACCAAGGAAAAAG